GCUGUCGACGUGUGUCGAUUGCCACCGACAGUCGCCGAACACUUCCGCUGACGGACGACUCACCGACCGGUACCGAACUUGGUCGACGUCAUUCGCGCCGCGCCCCCGUUGCCGCGCGUCAACGUUCGUUCAGGGUGUGUUUGAGCGUGUGUAUGAUCUUUCGUUCGGGGUGUCGCGCGCUCACCGUUCGCGUACUCGACACUCGACCGCCGUCGACCGUAUAACGAUAAUGGUAACGAGUAUUAGCGACAUACAAUUUUACUUAUUGUAAUUAUACCGUUGUUGUACCAGUUCUACGGGCAGUGUUGCUUUGUUUCAAGUAAUUUGUGUACACACGUUAUUCUCGCGUUUUUCCGAUUUGAUGCGACACCGCCGCCGCGAUUUAGUGUGUCACAUUUCAUCUCUACGAUCUACUAACUACGAACAAAGACGAAGACGAAUAAGAUGGCACUGAGGUUCCACCCCAUGGACGCACCGGGGCGAUAAUAAUCGUCACACAUCGCAGUAGCAGUUGUCGCCGCCGUAGUUGGACGUGACGAACAUUCCACUGUACCGCAAACAUGUUCAACUUUGCCAGUAAGAUGAUCAAUAGCUUGAUGGCAGCGGGUGACGACAUGGUCACUGGGGCUGAUCCACAACAGCAACAGCAGCAAAACGCAAUCCAUCGGCCGCCGCUGCAGCAACCACAUCAACAGCAGUACCAUCAGCAGCAAGAUUACGGAAGUAGCGGUCGACCUGCAGGAGGACCCUCCACUACACUACGGCAGUACGGUAUGAAUCAGCCACAACAACAGCGAUCACUCGUUGGUGGGUAUUCGCAGCAACAACAACAGCCACAGCAAGUGCAACCACAAAGACCGCCACAACAACAACAGCCGAUGAGUAGUAGACUGCAGCAACAGCAGCAGUCACAGCCGUCCUUCUACCGACAGCAGCCUUCGUACAGCAUUGGUGCUAAUGGUGGUAGACCAUUGUCUCAGUCUCCUCAACAACAGCAACAACAACCACAACAACAGCAGCAGCAUCAAUUACAACAACAGCAACAACUACAACAACAGCAACAACAGCUUCAGCAGCAGCAACAACAGCAGCGACAAAGAUCACAACAACAGCAACCACGUCCCGGCGUUGGUCGCAUGCCGGUUGCUACAUCAGCAGGGCUAAUGGAACCAACUGCUGUUGACCCGGACCCAUUGAGCCUGGAUUUAAGCCAUCUGAGUGCCGAAGAGCGUGCCUUAAUACAGAAUGUAAUGGCUAAAGCUAAAAACAUGGAGGCUAGUGAAUCUGUUUUACCGGUGGCCCCACAGCCUGCAACGAGAACGUCAGCAAUGACAUCAUCUCGUGAUAAUAUCACCGCCGUGGAUAAUGUCCGCCAAACGUACACCGUUAAUGGAAACUAUUCGUCACCCGGCCAAGACACUACAUCCUCAUACUACGGGAACACCAACAGUGGAAUGCAACCACAGCAACAAAGCGCGUCGUACCAAGAUCGUAACAAUGUGUACCAGACGCAACAGAAGCAACACGCGACGUCUUCAUCUUACCAGCAACCCACCGCGUCUACGUAUCAGCACAGCGGAUACAAUUCAGCCGCGGCCGCGGCGGCCAGGCGACACAUUCAGCAGCGUAGUUAUGAUGAGUAUCAGCAACAGUUAUCGCCGGAGGAACAGCUCUCGCCCGUGUCGCCAGAAAAUGAGGUGUCCAUGCCAUAUGGUAUCGGUGGUGUCGGAAACACGCAGCAAUACCACCAACAGCAACAGCAGCAGUUGCAGCAACAACAGCAGCAACUGCAGCAACAACAAGGGGAGCGCUCUGGUUCCGACUCCAGUGACGACGUGAGUUUGGCAGAGUGUCUGGCUGGCGGUGGCGUUGAGCUGAUGAAUUUACGUCCCAUGCCUCUCUUGGACGAAAACGGCCAAGUACUGUUGGACGACGGCGAUACCACUAGUAGAAUGCAUCAGCAACAGCAGCAGCAGCAGCAACAGCAGCAGCACCAGCAGCAGCAGCAGCACCAGCAACAUCAACAACAACAGCGAGAAGAGCAGUACUGCAGCGAUCAGCAAAUGUACUACGGCGGAAACACGGCAACACCGACCUCCUCGGAUGUGUACACUAUACACGAAGACGAAGAUGAGCUGAGCAGUCCGACUGGUGCCGAUGGGGUGACCAGUCUUAGGAAGCGGCAGAUGGCUAACACGCUGACCGCAAUAUCUGGGUUGAACAAUGGAAGUAGUUACAGUUCAGCCGUAGCCGACUUACAACAUCAGAUCGUAGAUAACGAGCGAUUCAUGAUGAAAUAUGCUGCGUCAAAUACAGGGAGUUCAGAUUCUCAGCAUCGAUCAAAGCUGCUGAACGACGAGUCUACGACAUCAUCCGUUUUUGCCGAACAAAUCCGAUCAUCAAAAAAACUUAAUCCAUCGUCCUCUGUACAAUCUGGUGUCUUACAAAACAAUAAAUUUCGAACUAGUGGCAUAGAAAACCAACACUCUGCUGUUACCCAAUCAGCUGUGGCAUAUACUCAAAAUUCGUCACCUUAUUACAACAGUAGCAAUUCCAGAUAUGCAAUUGCUGAUAGUGACCACAAUAAUGUAUCAAUCGCAUAUGACACAACUGCUGAAAACUGUGUGUUUCAAGACGACUUGGAAAAAACUCCCGAAUACGAUCGAAUAUGCAAGCUAUUGAAUCAGCCGAUUUGCUUGAGCAGUGGUGUGCGCGAUUCGUUUUCUACUCAACAACAACGGCAGUCGACUAACCCUAUGUUGGGACAGCAGAAGCAGCAACCUCAGAAUCAACAGAAUCAACAUCAGUUCAAACAACAGCAGAAACGACAACUUAAGCAGCAGCACAAAAACCAGCAGCAGCACAAGAAUCAGCUGCUGCAACAGCAGUACAAAGUACUGAACCGCAACGAUCGAAUGUCGUCACAACAAAGUCGAUCGACAGCGAUCGGUAACAACACAUUUGGAAUGCAAAAUACGAAUCGUCGAUCGGAUUUCCGCUAUGAUGAAGAAGACGAGGAAGACGAGUUAGUAGAUCACACGCAGCAGUAUCAGCAGCAACGGCACGGUUACGCGCUAUCACAGACGGAAACUGUGGCAGAUAAGGAUAGUAGUGGCACCAUCAGUGGCAUGUUGGCUGAUUUUAGCCGGUCAAUAGCUCAUAUGAAUAGUAGUGGAUCGACGGCAACUCCUUUGAUUAAUGGCAGCGGUAAAUUCACUGAAAACAGCAAUAAAUACGAAGCUCCGUCGGUUUCGGGCGAAAACGCGUUACUCGAACAACAAAAACAGCAGUAUCAGCAGCAACCCAUGCAACAGCAGCCACAGUCGCAGUAUCAGCAGCAAGGUUUUGUCGAAGGAUUUUCGAACGGAAGUACGACGCAGUUGCGACGCACCCAGUCCAUAAUCAGUCAGAGCCUUCGGGACCAACAGUACCAAUUAUACUGCAGCAGCUCGUCGCCGCCGCUCCAGCAACAGCAACAGUUGCAGCAACGACCGCAUCAACAGCUACAGCCUGUACAACAACAGCAAUACGUGGGAACGGCCGUUUCUCAGCUGCAACAGCACCCUGUCAACAAUGCUUAUGGUAUGGCGGAAGAUGCCGUAAUGUACGGAAGCGGCGGCGUAGGAGUUGGACUGGCAAAUAUCGCUAGACAGCAGCAGCAGCAGCAGCAGCAAGUAAUGGCCGUUGGGCAACAGCGCCAACAACAGUAUUCCAUGACAAACAACUUACAGGCCGAAACGAAUUACACGUCGAGUGGUACCGGGAAUACUACUAUUGCGUUACAACAACCCUACAACAAACGGGACGGCAAUGGGUACGACAGCAAUACCAGUGGCAGUGCUCGAUUCGACUCCCAACCGCAAACAUAUCAGCAACAGCAAGAAGUUUUGUACCAACCUUAUCAACCAGAAUACGCCACAUAUCAGCAACAACCACAACAACAACAACAACAAAAUCCCUAUAAUCAAUUACCACAACAACAGCAAAAGGCUCAGCAACAAUAUCAACAACAACCGUUUCAACAAGGCCAGCCGCCACAAUUUCAAAGAUUUCCCAACCAAGAUCAACAACAACAGCAAUCAGCUAUGGGUGAUAAUUCUCAACAGUAUAUCAUGGGAUCACAACAAAAAGAAGACAAUAGUAUUACGCAAAAUGCCAUAGGUCUGACUCAAAAUGGUGGAAUAAAGUAUAAUACUAAUGAUGUAAUGGUGGUAGAACCUAGUUCUACAUCGCUUAGACCACUACAACAGCAGUUGGUACAACAGCAACAUCAGCAUCCGAACACUUUGGCAGCUAACGCUGGCAUUAUUACAAAUAGAGCCACGGUACUAAUCAACUCUUCUGCUGCCACUGCGGAUCAACAGCAAGUCGGAAUUAAACCUUUGACGGUAUCGGCCGCAUUAAAAUAUCAGGGCUCGACGCAACAACAGCAGCAAACAUCACAGACGUCUAGUUUGCAUCUGACACCCCCACAACAAAACACGCCAGUCAGUACACCCAGAGGCCCGCUGCUAUUGACCGGAGGCACCCUUGGACUCAGAGACUUGACCGCGUCACCGUCGGACACACAAAGUGAACCGGACUCGAUGCGAUCGUCGUCAUUGCGAGGCAGUAACGGCCGCGAUGGUAGACGACGAUUGCCGGACUUACCGCCACCGGAUAUGGAAAUGGCCGGCGUGCAGUGGCCAGCAGCCGCGAACUCAAAGCGCCGCGAGCGCAUGGUGCGCGCCAUGAUGGACAAGUUCAAGCCGUUCUCCUCGUCGCGGAACGUUGCGAACGCGGACAGCCUGUCCAUUGGUUUUGGUUACGGGAAAUUCGCUACCAAUCGGCCUGGCAGCAUGAGCGAGACAAAUCUGUUAAAAUAUCGGUUUCAGAAAGAUGGAGGUCUGGCCUCAACGGUGAGACCGGAAUCGGCCUUGGGGCUACUGCAAGGUUCGAGCCUGGUGAGCAGCACGGGAGAAACGACUCCGUCGAUGGCCAGACAGUACGGAGGUCUGACGAGGAAAUACGCUUCGGACACUGGCGGUGACGAACUGGCUGCCUGUUUGCCACCUGACCUCAGGCAUCUGCUGUCGGCCACAACGGCCACGGCACCGACAUCACAACAACGGCAGACAACGUCACAACGUCUACAACAACAUGGACUACUGCGGAGCUCCACCGCGACAGCCGCCGCCAAUUCUUUGAACAAUGCGGCCGCGUUAAGCAUGUACGGUGGUGGCAGAAAACCAUGGUCGUCCACGUCAUCAUGGUCUUACCACGACGAUACUGGCAUUGGCGGCUAUCCGUUGUCCAUCGACCGCCGUAUAGGUGCCACCGGCAGACAUGCCGGUCUAUUCGGCACCAUGGACUCGCAACAUUACCGAAGCGGCGGUAGAACGAUUGCCACGGCCAGAUCACUCGGUGGCGUUUACGACGGUAACAGCCUGUUGUACCGGUGUUCGACGAGUAACGUGCCCGAUCACCUGGAAAGACGUUGGUAUCAGAACCAGCAGCAGAGGCAAAACAGUAGUGGCGGCAGCAGGCUGAUUAGAGGAUUGAGUGGCACCAAGCACAUGUCCGAUAUGUAUGACAACGACGACUUGAUGCGACUGCAGAAUGACGACGGUACAGUGGCUGCGUUAAUGUUGGACGACGUGGUCCUCGGAGGGGGGUACAGUGGAAGGAAUACGGAUUUCUUGCCCACCAGACCAAGAUCCCGGUCUUAUGGCGGUAGUGAAGAUCCGUCGUCCACGACGUCAUGGCGACAUUGGCCGGACACUGGCAGCGGUGGCGGUGGUUCCGGAUAUUUGGGUGGUGCAUUGCGCGAGACUGCCAUCGGCUCGUCCGCAGCGAUUUUCGAUCAUAACGGACACCGACGUGGUACGGUCAACUCGAUGAGUUCUACCUCGGCCGAUCAAAAAAGAUGGGAUGUGCGGCGUCAGCACCGUCGGCAGCGGCGUUACAGCGACGGUGGCGACUCGGAUCCGCGCCGCUCGUACGACUAUCACUCACACCUGCAGAUGGCCAAUCCGUCCGCGGCAAUGAUGAAAUACGGCGCGGUGAGCCGGCGGUCGCGAUCGUGGGACCCGUCGCCGUCGCCCACCCCGACCGCGUACCUGAGCGGCGACGACGGCUACGGCGGCGGUUACGGCGAGUACAUGGACGACUACGGUGGCGAUUACGAUUCGCUGGCCGCCGAGGAGGAACACGACGAGGAGUUGCAGCGCGAGGAGAAGAAGGCCCGGAUCAAGGCCGAGAUAGCGCGCCGCCGUCGGCAGAUCGAGGACAACGUACGAUUGCACGAGGAGCUGUUGCGUUUGGCUCGGAUCCGCGAGAACGCCGAGCACGAAUAUUCUUCUUCGAUGCUGCCGUCGCUAUCCGCUGCAGGUGGUUGUUACGCGGGACGGAGGCCGAUGACCGAGGACGAGUGUCUAGUGUUUGCGCGCGCGGCCGAAAAGAUAGCCGAGGAACGAUCCAUGGAGCGGAUCGCGUCCACAUUCCGGACCGCGGCUGCGGCUGCGGCCGAGGAUUACAUACGGCGCGGGGGCGUUUACGAUGAGUUUGGGCCUGCGAUCGCCGUUGGUGAAUACACGCCCCCGCAUGCCAUGCCAUUAUUGCCGGACAUGCCGACUAGAAGCAGGAGACUGCUGGAGAACUUGGGUAGCUCGCCCAUCACGGAUUCCGUGCUCUUGGACGGCGAACAACAAAAGGCCUUGCAGAAAAAAGUCAACUUUCUCAACGUCCUAUAAAGAAUCCUCUGAGAACAACACGCACGCACAAAUAUUGAGUGAAACAACAUUGACGCGCACAAAAAUAAUAUUUUAUAAUCGAUAACAAUAACCGUUAAUAGUAAUCACGCGAUGAUAGUUAAUUAAAAAAUACCUCUUAUUAUGUUCAUAAUAUAAUGCGCACGAAAUAGGCGUGUUUUAGGAGGGAGUGGGGAAUUACAAGACCUUUGCUCCCGGUAAAUGUUGUGCCUUUAGUGAGUUUUUACCCCGUUCAGAAAAAAAGUUAUUCUCUGUUUUUAUUAACAAAUUUUGUAUGUAAACCUCAAAUGAAAACCUCUGGAUUAUAUAAUUACCUGCCCCUCUAGCCACAAAAGUCUAAACACGCCUAUGACGAGUACAUGUGUACAAACUACAAAUGUUGUACCUAUUUUCGAAUUUAUUACCAUUUUUUUAAUUAUAAUUGUAAUCAAGGAUGUGAAUUUUAUACAUUCAUUAUGCUAAACAUAUGCUAAACAUUAGAAGUGCCUGCAAUAUAAAAUUUUAAAAUAAAUCCCGAAAACUGCAAUAGUGAGAUAUUGAGCAGAACUUGAAUUAAAUUAAAAUAGCUAUGAUUAUGACAUGAUAGUUUCAAAAAAACAUUAUAAUUAAUAAUGCCUUUAAUAAAU